UGUACCAGCACAUGUCAGAUAUCUACCUGCUCUAAAUUGACCCAGGUGCUCUCCUUAAACCUGAAGCACUUCUUCCCCAACUUCUCCACUUCAGAAGAAGGAUCCAUUCCCAGAUGAUGCGGUCAGACAGCAAAGGCAGGAGUGCCUCCCCUCACAGGAUAACCUACAAAUCAGACUUCCACGCCAUCAAGUGCUCAUUUGAUGCAGGGACCAAUCCUGUAAACCCAAACAAGCUGCCAUCCAGCAUGUCUGAUCCGAUGAUGUCUCACACCAGCAGUAUCAGCACCGUAGGUAGCAGAGGCAGGAUCAUCAACACCAGAGGGAAUAAGAUCAGAGAUAAUAUUUUCCUUCAAAUGGAUAGCCAGCACUCCAAACAAGAUUUGUGCUGUGGCUCCACGGCUUUUGUUUCUUCCCAGAUUCCCACCUUUCAGCUCCAGCCCUCACCUCUCGCUGUUUCCAGACAUUCAACCAUCAGCUCGUUGUCAGUUCUGAGCUCUGUCACCAAUUCUCCUUCCCUGGAAUCAUCUCUCCACAAGAAACGGGCCAGAGGAGAGGAAAUCACAGACAUUGACAGAGCUGCCCUGGCUCAGAAAUUCUCUGUAACCCGCAAGCUGUUUGAGACCAAGAUGACGGGGGUCGGAGGUGGGACAGAACCGGUUUUAAAACCCACGAUCAGCAGAGCAGACAGGGGGAUGGCAGAGUGGAAAGGAGAAGUCAACCAAGCUGGAGAAGAAGAGGAUGCAAGUGAGAAUAACUUGCACACGGAUGAGGAGGAAGACGGCUCGCAUGAAGACAAACCCAUAAACCAUAUCGUAAAUAUCUCUCCUGUGAAGCCUCCCGCACUGACCAGUCACCUUAAAUCUCUUUUAUUGGACAGCCUCAGCGAGACGUCCAAUGAAUCCUCCUGCUGUUUUGACAAACCCGAUCAAACUAAUGUGUCAGGAACGGAAGAAAUGAGGUCAACUGGUGAUCCUUGCAUGACCCCCGAGAAGACAUUGAGGGCCGAACUGGUCGACAUCAAUAACGAAUCGUCAGAAAGUGAUGGCGCUGAAGAAGACAAGCAGUGGAAAGAGGAAAAGGUAUUGUCUUCAUAUAAUGAGGAUAAGUGUUUGAACAAUAGUGCAGAAGACUGUGGGAACUCCCAGGUGGAUGUUGAUUUUGAGAUGCAUGCUGUAGAUAAAACUCUGGGACUGUACACGGAGGAAACCGGCGUGGAGCUUAAAGCAGGAGAAGAUGGAGUGAUGAAAUCUUCAAGAGAACACCAGGAGGAUUUUUUAGAGGGCACGCAGUGGAGAAGAGUAACCGAGAGCGACAGGGAAGUUAUAAAAGACAAGUAUCAGCAGGUGAAUCAACAAUGGGAGGGUGAAAGGGCGGAGCAGAACAGAUAUUUUCCUGCACGGGCUGAGGAGACGAAAUCAACACAAGAAGAAAUCAGUUCAAAAAAGAUGGAUUCAAGAGUGCUGGAAAGUGCUGGGAGUGAAAAUAGAGCUGGCAUGCAUGAGGAGGAUGUUCACCAGGAAGUUGAGGAAAAGAGGGAAGAUAAAGAAGAGGUAUGUGGUCCAAGACCAGAGAACAGUGAGAGAGAUGGUGAAACAUCAAAACUGCAGGAGGAGCCUGUCACUGAGGAGACCAAACAUACAGCAUGCAAAGAAGGUAGAGAUGGAAAGGAUGAAGCACCAGCAGGAAGAGAGGAGGAAACAGAAGCUGGAGUCAUCUCUGGGACUGAAAAUGAAUCUUUAGUUUAUGGUCGGGAAUCUCAGUCCCAUUCAAAGUUGUCAGCGUCUUCACAAGAGGACAGCGAAAACUCCCCGGGAAAAGACGACCAGCAUUUACUGAAAUAUGAGGAAAUUCCUGGUUUGCCUGAACUGACUGAUGAAGAGACAGAGGAAGCAUCAGACGCUGCAGAGAGGAAGGUGAAAUUCUCCUCUGCCCCGAUCAAGGUGUUCAGCACUUAUUCUAAUGCUGAAUAUGACAGGCACAAUGAGGAUAUCGAUCCAGUUUCUGCAUCAGCAGAGUUUGAGCUGGAGAAGAGAGUGGACAGGAUGAAUGUUUUCCCCGUGGAGAUAGAAAAAGGAGAUGAUGGCCUGGGCAUCAGCAUCAUUGGAAUGGGUGUCGGGGCCGAUCAGGGUCUGGAGAAACUGGGGAUCUUUGUCAAGACAAUUACUGAAGGAGGAGCAACGCAGAAAGAUGGAAGGAUUCAGGUGAACGACCAGAUAGUGGAGGUGGAUGGAGUGAGUUUAGUUGGAGUCUCCCAGCUGUUUGCAGCCACAGUGCUCAAGAACACAACAGGCCUUGUGAAGUUUCUGAUUGGUCGAGAGAAGGAGGGAGUAGAAAGCGAGGUGGCUCGACUCAUCAAUGAAAGCUUGGAGAUGGAUAAAACAAAAACCACAAAGAGAGAGAGGGGAAGCAGUGGAGAUGAGGAAAUGGACAGCAGCAUGUCAGAGAAGGGCUCUGUGGUUGAGGAGGAGGAGGAGGAGGAGGAGGAGGAGGAUGAAGUGGAAGAUGUGUCUGCGCUAUCCAGUCUGGACAAUCACCAGCUCUGCCUGAAAUACCAGCAGCUUCAGACUAAGCUACAGACCAGAACAGCUCAGCUCCGGCUUGCAAAAGAAAAGAUUAAAGCAUGGGAGGAGCGGCGUGCCUGCUGGGAAAGCCAGAGAGUUGAAUUGGAGCAAAGAGUGCAAGAUGGAGACGAGAAAGCAGAAAAACUUGACAAGUACUGGCAAGAGGCCCAGACGCUCUGCAGAGUUGUGAGCAAGCGACUGGCGGAUGCCCAGAGCCAAUCAGAAAGCCUGGAGAUUAAAUACAGCAAGGCCAAGAGACUGGUCAGAGAAUACCAGAGCAGAGAGGAAGACUGGGAGAAAAGGGAAGCAGAAAUGGUGAGAGAAAUGGAGGAGAGAGAUAAGCAGCACAGAGGGAUUGUUCAAAGGCUGCAAAACCAGAUGGCACAGCCGGAGAGAAAAGACACAGAGGGAAAGAACCACGCCGUAGACUCCUCAGUCACAGACUGGUUUAUUCCGGUUCCUGACACAGGACGCCUAGACUCCAGCGCUCACAUAGCCAGAGCCCAGUUAGCCCAGAAAUCUAAGCGCCACCCGCCCUCACGAGACAAACUCCGAGAGAGCUUCAGAAAAGAGGAAGAAGUCGUGCAGUCAUCACAGGAGAGCCAAUCACUGUGUCUUCCCACAAUGGCCCAAAAUGGCAGAAGUGACCUCUCCAGCUGCUCCUCUUUCUCAACCCUCAGUCCUCAACCCGCCACAGGCUCCAUCCUCACCCCUCCCAUCCACACCCCCGACACUGGCAGUCCCUCACCGUGCAAAUCCUCAGCAUCCAAGAGAUCCAGAAGAAAGUUCCCUCACUUCAGUGGCCUUCGCAAGUCUCUCAUCAAAAGAAGAAGCGACAAACACAAUAGAAAGUCAAUAAGCAGCAGUGGAGGGUCGUGCGGCGACCUGGUAGACGAACCCGCUGGAAUCUCUCCUACAAGUUCAGUCACUUCGAUGCCAUCUUGUCUGCCGUUUCCCUGGUUCGGAGAGCGAGGAAAGGAAAAGGCGGAGGAAGCAGAGUGCAGCAGGGAGAGGCUUCGGUCCGUGUCCAGCAGCAGUUUGCCAUAUCUGACAACCUCGGGCAGAAGAGAUCAGGGUAUUGGUUCUCCAGCAGAAAGCUGCAGCAUGGUGGGUCAUGUCUCUGAUCACUCUCUCUCAGGGCACUCUCACACGUUUACCUUUUCCUCCACUGAGACUCUGGACGACGACCCAGUUCCCAACAACAACAACAAUCAAUGGCAAACUCGCCCCAUUUUGGAGUGGACCAACCAACAGGUCUGUCUGUGGCUGAUUGCGAUGAACAUGGAUCAAUACACGUCCCAGUUCGCUGCCAGAGGAGUUGAUGGGACACAGCUGCUCAGCUUGGACAGCGAUAAACUCAAGGCUCUGGGUGUGUGGAGUCAACGCGAUCGCUCCGCCAUGAAGAAGCGGCUGAAGGAGAUGAAGAGGGAGGAGAAGGAGCAGAGGAAGGAGGAAAAGCGGCUACAAGAGGAAAAGGAGAAAGCAAACGCAGCUCUGGAGAAGGCGAGGGUGUUGGGCGAAGAGAAGUCCAUGAAAGACGUCAGCUGUGGCGGAAAAACUGUGAGAACCGAGUCGCUCUUAUAAAGGACGGGCAGAAGUGGGGAGAUGAACCAGCGGAGGAAGUGUUUGCACACCGAGAGACUUUCCUGUCAUGAUGCUGAUAGAAAUGACUUGACGCUCAUUCUCCACUGUCCAUAUCAUCAAAGGUCGACUCCUGCACCAAAAAUCAAACUCACAGCAAUUCUUUUGUGUAUUUCAGUUAUAAGGUACGUGGAAAAACUCCCACUUUUUUUUUUUUAAACCAUAAAUUAUACUGUAAAUGAUUUUAUUCAAAAUGAGCUGAUUUAGACCCUUGGGUGUGUACUGUAAGUGCUUUUUUAUGUCUUAAUAAAUA